CUGAAGAAAUAACCAGGUCAGCAAGGGGUCUUCAACACACUUAAAAACCCCUAAAACACACAAAGCACACUCAACACUUUCAAGAAAGCAAAUUCAAAUAAAUUUCCAUCUUUGGGGUUUUGCCGCUCCCUCAUUGUUACCUGAUAUCCCAAAGAUUUUCAGAGUUCUACAGUUGAAUUUUCCAUCUUUUUUCUGGCAGCUCUAUGAUGGAUCCUCAUUGGAGAGCAUCUCACACCCCCUUGCCGAAUUAUGGCGAAAAUAAUGGUUCGAUUCCGCUGCAUCCUGAACCGCUUUUGGCGACCCCCAUUAGUUGUGUUCCAUACACUGGCCCUCCUCUACCGGACAAUUAUCCUGCUUCAGCAUCACCAGAUAUUAAUGCUGGUUCAGUUCCCGUUGAAGUCGAUACAGCUUCAUCGUCCACGCAUAUCAUCACUCAUCAGCCUGCGAUGGUUUUUUUCACUGCUUGUCCAGCCAAAGAGGAGUGGGAUAAUCUCAUAAAUCGUGCUAAGGGUGGGGUUGCUCUUACUGGAUCGGCUUUGUUGGGAAAGUUUGGACAACUUAUUGGAUCAGUUGAUAUUCAUGAAUCUGAGGAUGACUAUGUAUUUCGUGUUUCACUCCCUGGUGUCGCAAGGGACGAAAAGGUCUUUCGCUGUGAUGUUGGACCUAAUGGUAGAAUUGUCAUAAAAGGAGUGAUCGUGACCGGAGAGAACAUGGUUUGCAGGGACAAUAUGGUUUUUAAGAUGCAAACUCACAACCUAUGCCCACCAGGAGAAUUUUCUGUUUCAUUCCAGCUACCAGGUCCAAUUGAUCAUCAACACUUAAAAUGUGUUUUUGGAUCUGACGGGAUUUUUGAAGGAGUUGUUAAGAAAAAAAGACAACAGUGACAUAUCUAGAUCAAAAUCUUUCAGCUUGAUGGUAGAAGAGAAGCCAAAUUUAGAAGACUAGGAGCAAUGCUGCAGCUGUUUUCAGGACCUCUGGGUAGCUUUAAGCCUUAUUUUGCAUCAUGCUUUAGUUCUUUUGUGUGUAUGUCUCUUGUUGUUUCCAUUGUAAGACUUACUUGGGGCAUGACUAACUGAACUGGGCCACCUUCACAGAACGGAAAGAUUGGGUUCCAACUCCCCAAAAUCUGGCUAUUUAUGCGUUUUCACCUUUGUCUCAGCACUCUAGCCCAUAUGCCUGUUUAAACGAAAGGAUUUCGUCUUUGUAUUUUAAGACAAGUAUUUAGUA